AUGUUUUUAACACCGCAAUGGUGUGUUUGUGUUUUGGCUGUUUUCAGCUGCUCGAGAGCGACCUUCGCUUCUCCAAACAUGUCAGCAGCCACUGUUUACUGGCACCCCUCCGACAAAACUGUGGUGCUGAAAGAGGGGGUUCUGGAGACGGAGGGAGAUGCAUACGGUUACCUCAACAAUACCAUUAACAGCACGGGUUGGAGUGUCCUGGAGAUCCGGGCUGGCUAUGGAAAGACCCCCGAGAAAGAUGAAAUUACCUUCUUUCUUGCUGGAUACUUGGAGGGUUACUUAACAGCACAGCAGAUGUUGGACCACUACACCAAUAUGCUGCCACAGUUAAUACAUGACAAUCUGACUCUCAGCCUUGUUAAGACUUUCAUUGAGAAACAGGAUUCAUGGGUCAGAUCACAAGUAAAAGAAAAGCAGAAUGAUCCUUUGUGGGCACAUGCCGGCUUCAUCAUGGCACAGAUGGAUGGACUGCAGGCUGGAGUAACUGACUGGGCCAAGAAACAUGGGAAAAAGCCACUCUCCAAGUUUGGUGUGCAGUUUCUGAACGGCGUUGGAGAUCUGCUGGAUCUGAUCCCAGCCCUGAACCCCUCUCACCCUCCUCUCCGGGACUUCAAGCUCCCUGGGAUGGGGCACUGCUCUGCUCUCAUCAAGAUACUUCCUGGCUUUGAGAACCUGCUGUUUGCACAUUCCAGUUGGUACACUUACGCUGCCACCAUGAGGAUCUACAAGCACUGGGACUUCCAUGUCACAGAGCCACAUACAGCGACAGGAAAACUCUCUUUUAGCAGCUACCCAGGAUUCUUGGUGUCUCUGGACGACUUCUACCUCUUGGGCAGUGGCUUGAUGAUGACACAGACCACCAACAAUGUGUUUAACUCCAGUCUCUUCAAGCUGAUCACCCCUGACAGUCUGCUGGCCUGGCAGAGGGUUCGACUGGCCCAUAGCCUGGCCACUACAGGGGAGGAGUGGGCAGACAUAUUCUCACUCCAUAAUUCUGGCACGUACAACAACCAGUAUAUGGUGUUGGACAGAAGUAAGGUGAAACUGGGCCGCAGUGUGGAGGACGGGGCUCUGACGGUGGUGGAGCAGAUCCCAGGACUGGUGCAGUCCUCCGACCAGACUCAAGCUCUGCGGCUAGGUUACUGGCCGUCCUACAACAUACCCUUCCAUGAGAAUAUUUACAAUCUGAGCGGGUACCGGCAGAUGUGGCAGGAGUUUGGAGACGACUUCUCUUAUGACCUCUGCCCCAGAGCCAAAAUCUUCAGACGAGACCAGGCCGGAGUGAUGGAUCUGAAGUCACUCAAGCACAUCAUGAGAUACAACGAUUACCAGAAGGAUCCAUACUCCAAGAAGGACCCGUGCAAGUCCAUCUGCUGCCGCAACGACCUGAAGGCAGUGAAACCGUCUCCAGGAGGUUGCUAUGACACUAAGGUGACGGACUACAACAUGGCCGCAGAGUUCAGGGCGGAGGCUGUGAACGGGCCCACCUCCCAGGGGGGUCUGCCAGUGUUCACAUGGGACAGGUUCAUCAACAUCAGCCAUGUGGGCCUGCCGCACUUCUAUAACUACAGCUUCGUCCCCAUGGGGCCUCUCCUCUUCCGUCCUUGA